GUGCGUCACGCUAUGGUUUUUCCAGGCAUGCUGGACGGGCGUUCACGCGCAGGAGGAGCUGCUCACUGUGAAGCAGUUCAGCACCGAAGCAAGCAUCUCUCUUACUUUUUCCAGCUUGAUCCGACCUGGUGACGGCACGGUGACGCUAGCACCGUUUGCCUUGUCACAACGAGAUGCGAACGUUUUGAGCGAUUCCUUUGAACCGGUCAAGAUCAAUGUUAAUGACAUCGCGCAGGUGAAAAUUGCAGGCAACCUCAUGACGGUGACGCCAACCGAGUCCUUUCGCCAAAAUGGCGAAAUGUACAUAGUCACAGUUUCUGCCGGAGCCGUGGAGGACACUGAUGGUACCCCCUUUGCCGGCAUUUUUGGAACGUCUUAUUAUUUCAUUGCAAAAGAUGCGGUGCCGCCUUGGGUUCUAAAGGUCGAGCCCGAAAGCGGCACUGUCGGUCUUGGUUACCAAGCAGAUGGAGUCGAUCCCAUCCUGAUAACGUUUAGUGAGCCGGUGCAGGUUGGCACUGGACCUAGUGGCUUGCAGGCGAAAUUAGUUCCUUCCAAUCCAGCACAUGACAUCGUGCCCUUGGCACAUUGUGCGCACAGCGACGUGACACUUGUCUUGCAUCCUACACGUGCCCUGCAGCCGGGUGCUGCUUACACCGUGAAGGUUCCAGGUGACUUGGUGAGGGACCUUUCUGGCAACUUCUUCGCGGGGUUGCUCAACGUGUCGUAUGGUACUGCAGAUUUACAGCCGCAGGAUGCCACAUGUACACUGGGAUCGCAAUGCGCCAUCCGUCUGGAAGGCGCUGGCUUCCAGAUUACGAAUCGACUACGGUGGACAGCGGGUACGUGUGGUGAGUGUGCAGAGCUCGAUGCUUUUGAAUCACGCGGUUGGAGGCCAUACCGGCCUUCUGCAGAGGACCACGCCUUCUACAACUUUGGCAUUCCCAAGCUUCCACCUGGCACCUACACGAUGUGUUGGGCAAGUCUCGGCUCCACACGCCGGUCUGUGAACAAGGCGAAGGUUUUGAUUGGUUCCAUGCGGCUCCUGGCAGCCCGGGAGCUGGAAGAUGAAAGAGACGAGCCUGUCGUUGCACGGCGCCUGAGCCAAGCGACUCGACCAGAAGUUUUCACCAUGUGGCAGACAGGUCUCAGGUUGUUGUGGUCUGAGGUGGAGAACCAGUCUUCAGCUGGACUAGCAGUGGGACCGUCGCCGCUGCGGCAAGACAGGACUUGUGUGGCAGGGCUUUCCUGCUCCAUCGACUUAGAUGGUACAUUCACAGACGGGGACAGAGUGAUGGUGCUGGGCACCUGUUCCGAAGCGGGGGUCUUGAAGAAUUGGCCGAACUCUGGAAGGUCGUAUCCGGCCGUUGAUCAAAAUUUCUCCUGGGGUGAUGUUGCUGUCUCGGCAGCUGGCGGUGUGUACAGGCUAUGCUGGUGUGUGGCUUACACUGGUCCGGCUGAACAGCACAUGCCGUGCGAUGGCGGGGAGGACUUCAGGGUCGAUGUUGGCUCAAUGACUCUGAUCGGUCCUGGACCAACGGCAGCUGGUCAACUGACAGCGGAACCGGAUCCCCUGCAGCAGCGGACAUGUGUCAGUGGCUUAAGCUGUGUAAUUCAUGGCAUCACCGGGAUGCAUCUUACCGACCAGGAUAGGUAUGCAGUUCUGGAUACGUGUGGAUAUCAUGCUACGGUCGCACGUUUUGGGAAUGGAGGCUUUUCAUCAAAUGUGGCCAGAAGUGGGGCAACAGUGUAUUUUGGAGAGGUCGCAACGAGUUCGUCAGGAGGCCAGUACCGGCUCUGCUGGUGUUCUGCUGUCGCAACAUGUUCCUCAGGGGAGCACUUCGAGGUGACAGCAGCGCAUCUACUGAUAGCAGGUCCAGAGCCCCUGGAGCAAGACCGGACGUGCGUCUCUGGGGCUCGCUGCACCGUCCAUGUGUCUGGUCUCCUGAACUCUCUAGAUCGGGUCUUCGUCAUGGACACAUGUGGUCAAGAUCACCUAGGGCCAGAGCAUCAAUUGGUAGAGAGGUUUGCAGACUCGGGGCUGACAAUGUCUGUUGAUGCAAGUGGUGCCUUAUUGAGCUGGAGCGACAGCACCUCCGCAGGGGGGCAAUACAGGCUUUGUUGGUGCUCCGCUGACUCUGCAUGCAGGGUCGCUGCAGAGUUCAAGACGGACAUCGGCGCGUUGCAGGUUGUUGGCCCUUAUGGCCGAAACGAUUAUACGUGUAUUUCCGGACAAACCUGCGAAAUCUACGGGCUGGUGGGACAGUACUUAAGCGUUGGUGAUGUUUAUGCCUUGCAGGAUACCUGCGGAACUGGCUGGGUAUCGCGAGUUCCCCGUGGUCAGUCCCUGUCUGCAGAAGUCCACGGUGCCACGGUUGGUUGGGGUCCGGAGACGAUUUCAGCGUAUACCGAUUAUGCUGGUGUGCCGCCACACAUUCCUGUGGCAUCCAAGAGGAUUUUCGGGUGGAUGCCGGGGAGAGUUUUCCUGAACGACAACGAUCAGAUUGCCAUUCGAGACACAUGUGGUCAGUCCGCUGCUGCAGUUGGCUUUCCCAACGCAGGGCUUCUCGCUUCUGGCAUGCUUCCGAGGGUAUCUGCAUCAGGUGGGCAGUACCGCUUGUGUUGGUGCGGUUUGCCCAGCGAGUGUGCACGACCCGAAAACUUCCGGACGGAUUUCGGAUCGCUUCUAUUGCUCGGACCCUCGCCGCUAGAUCAGCGCCGAACAUGUGUCUCGGGCCAGACAUGUCGAUUGUCUGAUUUGCUUUUUCAUGGUGAAUUUGAUUGGUCAAUUGGGCGUCUACUUAUUCUGGAAACAUGCGCAACUCACGGUGUUUUGCCUCGACUCUGGGCAGAACCCAUAUCACCUCCGCCAAGCUCAAAUUCUGAAUCUCUGCUGGGCGCUUUUCAGACAGAUGUUGUUUCAGCAGCUGGUGGGACCUACCAGAUGUGCUGGUGUUCGAUGAUUCCCGGACCUUGUCUGGAUGCGGAAAACUUUCACGUUUCUAUUGGCACCCUUGACAUAAUUGGCCCAAGCCCUCUGCGGCAAGACCGCACGUGCACAAGUGGUCAGCGGUGCCAUCUAGGCGGACUGCUUGGAGAGCACAUGGGAACCAAUGACAUGUUGAUUGCCGACACCUGUGGCAGCGACAAAGCCGCGUUUGUCCCCAGAUUUAUCAACUUUGGUGCUUCAGACAUGGUGGACGAUGGCCUUGCCACAUGGAGCAUCAUUACAGCUGCCGGUGGUCAGUACAGACUCUGCUGGUGCGCUUCUACCACAGCUUGCGCUUCAGCAUCUGAGUUCACCACGGACAUGGGCGGACUGCUCCUUCUGGGCCCAGCACCACUGAGGCAAGACAGGACGUGCGUCAGCGGCCUUUCCUGCGAGUUCGAAGGGUUCCUUGGCAAGUACAUCUCGAGCCAGGACCGCAUUCUUCUGUCAGAGACCUGCGGUGAUACCCAUCUGCCGCCUUCAUCACUGCCACCUGCUCAAGUUACUGCUUCGCAGACCGGCACUGCCGUGGUAAGCUGGGGCACUUCGCCGAUUCUAGCUGCCGGCGGCUUUUACCGGCUUUGUUGGUGUUCAGGUCUUGUGUCACAAUGUGAAGAUCACUCGGAGUUUAGGACUGACGUGGGCAUGCUGACAAUCAUCGGAGCCCAUCCUUUGCAGCAAGCCAAGACAUGCAUCAGCGGAUUGCCUUGCACACUGGAGGGAAUCACAGGGACUUAUGUGUCCGUUGCAAACUAUUUUGCUGUGUUGCAAACCUGCGGUCACGAUGCUGGAGCCAUCGAGGGAUUCCCCGGAGCAGGUGUGACUGCACAGGUGGAGUCUAUUCCUUGUGCUGGUGCGCUGGGCUGCCUGGCGUGGGGUCAGCCGGACCUGUCUGUG